GCACUGGCGCCUGCCGUUAUCCGGAGGGUUCCUGUAGCAUUUGAUAUCUUGAAGUCCGUGGGCGACAGUAUAUUGACGCCAGCCAAUCUCCCGUAGUCGUCGUAGAGCUCAUGGAGUACCAGGUCUCAUGGGGCGAGGGCUCCUUGGGGCUGACGCUGCGUCCGGACCUCGGCGAGGACAUGCCGCCGGUCGUCGGCCGCAUCACGCGCGAAGACUCGGCAGCGGCCAAGGCCGGCGUCGCCGUCGGCCACAUGCUCGUGAGCAUCAACGGCAUGGAUACCGCGCGGCGCGGGUACGACGCGACGGUCGAGAUGCUCAAGACGAUCCAUCGGCCGGCGAUUCUGCGCUUCCGGAUACCCAAGUCGCUUCUGACACUCGGCGCGCGCAACAGCACAGGCGCCGAAUUGGACCGUCGGCGCGAACACUCGUCGUCGUCGUCGCACCGCGAGUACCGCCGUGGCGUCUCGAGCGCCGCCGCUUUGGGCACCUCGCGCGGCGAAAGCUACCGCAUCGAGCGCGACCGCGAGCGAGAACACCGCGAGCGGGAACACCGGCGGCGAUCAGAGCGCGACAGCGAGCGCGAGCGGGCAAACGCCGUCGUGCUGCCGCCCCCGGUCCUCGCCCACUCGUCGUCGACGUCGUCCGAGGCGUCGACGGUCUCGGCCACCUCGUCGACGUCGGCGCCGGUCAAGCCCCGCCGCGAAACGUACACGGUUGUCUGGACCGAGGGCCCACUCGGCAUGAUCUUCCGGCCGGACGACGACGACUGCCACAUUCCAUGCAUUCGAAAAAUCACAGGCAAGGGCGUCGGCACGAGUGGCAUUGACCGCGCGCGCGUCGGCGACAUCCUCCUCGUCAUCAACGGCCAAGACACCAAGGAGAUCGGGUUCCGGUCGUCGAUCUCGCUCCUCAAGUCGAUCACAAAGCCCGCGGUGCUCAAGUUCAAACGCAUGCGCCGGCGGCCGUCGCGCAAACGCGGUGAAGAGGCCGAGAAGCCGUCGGUGGCGUCGGUCGUCCUCGACUCGGCGCGCCCGAACGUCGUCGACACGAGCCUCUACGACAUUGUGUGGCGCGAAGGCGAGCUUGGGCUCAAGCUCAAGCCAACUCCCGCCGACGUUCCCAUGAUCUCGCGCCUCACGGGCCGCGGCAGUGCCAGCGGCCUCCACAACGCCCACGUCGGCGACGUCCUUGUCUCGGUCAACGGCAAGACCGUCGACGGCGCCUCGUACACGGGCACGCUCCGCCUCCUCAAGCACACGCCCAAGCCCGCGAUCUUGCGCUUCCGCCCCAGCGCCCGCGAAGUCGACCCGCCCCGCGCCGCGACGCCCAAGCGCGAGCAGAUCCCGCUCGACGUGGCCAAGCAGCUCGUCGCGACGUCGCAAGGCUUGGACCCGCUCACCGACGCGUUUGCUGGCGUCCUGCUCUCUGAGAUUGUCGAUGGCACAAAGGAGGCGCAUCUCAUUCGCGUUGCAGCCAAGGCGUACGUGGCGGCGCAGGCCGAGAAGAAGCGCGGUGAGAAGAAGGAGGCGCUGACCCGCGCCGAGCGGGAGGCCCAAGUGCUGGCCGAGGCCCUCGAGCGCGUCAAGGAAGAGGCCAAGAAGUACGAAGAGUACCUCGCGCUGCAGCAACGCGAGCGCAUUCUGCGGUCGGCGACCGAGAACAAGCCCGUCGAGGUCAUUGGCCAGCAAAACAACAUGCUCGCGCAGCUUGCGUCGGUCAUCACGCCGUUCCGGCGCGAGAACUACGAGACCGAAGACGAGAGCUUUGCGGCCGCAGCUGAAAACAGCGCGGCGGACGACACGGCGUUCGACCAGUACGACAUGAUGCGCCAGUCGAUCUUGGAAGAUCUGAGUCACAUCACCAAGACGGCGCUGCCGACGAAGAAGGCGCGCAAGACGUGCGCCGAGUGCCACUGCCUCGAGUCGCUCGCUGUGCCCUUCUUCCUCGACGACGACGGGCAGUGGUACUGCACGAGCUGCUGGGAAGCGUUCUACGGCGAGCCGAUCGUCGUUGCGGACAACGCGACUGUCCACACGACCAUUGUCGAAGAAGACGAAGACCAAGACGAGGCGACGACCGACGAGGCGCCUGCGCCUUUGCCAAAAGGUGGCCUGUAUCGCCGCCCGAGCACGCGCGAAGACCUCCUGCACAACGAGGUCGAGGAGCGCAACGCGCGUCUCGAAGCGGAGAAGAUGCUCCACGAGCUCGAAGAGUUGCGAAAAAGCGGUGGCAACCCGGUCCACCACUUUAACGGGCACCGGUCGUCGAGUUCGAGCGACCGCGACCGCAUGGAGCGGGAGAAGCGCGGGAAGGAGGAGCUCGCGCGGAUGCUCAAGGCCGAGGAGGACAAGGCGCGCGCCGAUGGCAAGGAGGAGCUGGCCCGCAAGCUCCAAGCGCAGCGCGAACGGUCGGACCAAGACCUCCAGUCGAUUCGCAUGUCGGCGGGCGACGACCCCAAGGCGGUCAUUGAAGAAGGCGACGAAGCGGCCGACGAUGACGACGCGCCGUCCGAGUUUGCGCAUUUCUACAAGCCCGACUUGCAGCGGUCGCGCUCGGACAGCCACAUGAAGAUGCGACAGGUGUCGACGCCCGAGCCGCCGAUGCGCAAGACGUUUGGCAACGACGAUAGCCACCGGUCGCCGUCCAAGAUGAGCGUGAGCAGCUUUGACGACGACGAGCACCACUACACGAUGGACGACGAAGAUGAGGAAGAGGAAGACGACGAGUUUGACAAGGACGCCGAGCUGCUUCGGGCCCGCGAGGAGCAGAACUUUGCAAUGGCCAAGCAGCUCGAAGAAGCGCACGAGGUCGUCAAGCAGGCGCGCAUGUCGAUGAUCAUGAUGGGCGACGGCGACAUUGCCGAGUUUACGGGCCUCAGCGACGACCAGAUCAACUUGUUCAAGAAGCUGACGAUGGAGGCUGAUGAGCGCAUGUCGAUGCUGGACCCGAGCAAGUACGACGACUCGGAUUCGGACGAAGAAGAGGAAGAAGGCGACGGCGUCUGGAUCUAACGUCACGCACCUUACUAUAUAGCACGCCCAGUAGACGACGAUGGCGCGAUACCACUCACUUUAAAUGAUAGUACUUUAACACCAUAUGCACACACUUGACACCAUAUUCGCA